UUGGUUAAUAUUUUAUUCUGUUGACAUGUUUUCUUACUGCUAAUGCUUCCGACACCUUCUUACCCCCCUCCCUCCCUCCUCCCUCUCCCAGAGUCUGGCCGGAGCUGUCAGAACCACGCCUAUAGGGGCCCACAAUUGGUCUAGAAAGCGUAAAAUCAGCAAUCAAAGGGGCUUGGUUCAUUAGAGCUGUGGACGGAGGCAGGAAGGACAUGUGAGAUAGACGCAGAUCCGCACUGAGCGGGACCACAUCUCUCCAGUCUGGGUGGGAUGAGUGAAGCAGCCGGGCUCAGCCGUCACAGCGCCACUUCCACUAAGCGACUCAUCCCAGGACGGAGAGACACAUCAGCACCAGAACUGGGAAUUUCUUCACACAGAGAACACGCUCCGUGUUUGUCCGGCGGCUGCACCCUUCAGUAGCCGCCACGGUACCGGGAAGAGCCGCCGCACCGUAGCGCGCCGCGCGAAGGAGAUACUACCACCACCACAUCCGUCGUUUCACUUCGGUUUCUGUGGAUGCACCGAUGAGAGAUCCAGUUUUUACAGGGACUGUAAUGGCUUAUCACCCUUUCCACGCACACCGGCCGACCGACUUCCCCAUGUCCGCAUUUCUAGCGGCCGCGCAGCCUUCCUUCUUCCCGGCGCUCAGCCUGCCUCCCGGGGCGCUCACCAAGCCCAUCCCGGACCACGGCCUGGCCGGGGCGGCCGAGGCUGCGCUCCACCCGGCCCUCAGCCAUCACCAGGCGGCUCAUCUCCGCAGCAUGAAGAGCCUGGAGCCGGAGGAAGAAGUGGACGACGACCCAAAAGUUACACUGGAAGCCAAAGAUCUGUGGGACCAGUUCCACAAACUGGGAACGGAGAUGGUCAUUACCAAGUCUGGAAGGAGAAUGUUUCCUCCGUUCAAAGUGCGGAUUAACGGUCUGGAUAAAAAAGCCAAAUACAUCCUGCUCAUGGACAUCGUGGCAGCGGACGACUGCCGCUACAAGUUCCACAACUCCCGCUGGAUGGUGGCGGGCAAAGCCGACCCGGAGAUGCCCAAGAGGAUGUACAUCCACCCGGACAGCCCGGCCACGGGGGAGCAGUGGAUGGCCAAGCCCGUGGCCUUCCACAAGCUCAAACUCACCAACAACAUCUCUGAUAAACACGGAUUUAUAACGCAGCUGAAGAUCGACAACAAUCCGUUCGCCAAAGGAUUCAGAGACACGGGGAACGGAAGGAGAGAGAAAAGGAAGCAGCUGACCAUGCCGUCUCUGCGCAUGUAUGAGGACCAGUGCAAAGCGGACCGGGAGGGCGCGGACUCUGACGCCUCCUCCAGCGAACCUCCGGUCGGUAGGGACACGGUCCACUCCCCGCUUGGUGUCGGUACCAGCCCGCUCAGGUUCAGCAGGCCAGCAGAGGAGAAAACUGACAGUGAGCAGGAGCUGGAGCACCAUGACGAGCUCUGCACCGGCUCAGCCAGCCCAGGAACUGAGCCCGUGUCUCCGUACAGCUCCAGGUGUGAGGAGCGAGUGAGGGAACGACCAGGUGGAGAAAAGAAGGACGAGUCUAUUUUUAGUAUAAGAAACCUGGAAAAGGACAAAGCAGAGAGUCGGCAGAAGGACACUACGGAUCCGUUGACAAAGGACUCUGAUUCUGGAGGGAUUGGAGCGAGUAAGGAAGCCUUCUCCCCCCUCAUGGUCCAAACCGAGAGCCCCUCACACUUCAGCCCAAGUCACUUACAAAGCCUGGCUCUGUCUGGUCUGCACAGUCAGCAGUUUUUUAACCCUCUGAACACCGGAUCGCCGCUUUUGUUUCACCCGGGGCAGUUUGCGAUGGCCCCUGGAGCCUUCUCUGCGAUGGGUAUGGGGCAUCUAUUAGCCUCUGUAUCUGGAGCAAGUGCUUUGGAAAAUGGGAGCCUCUCUGCCCAGAGCACAGGAGGAAGCCAACCCUUCUCCUUCCAUCUGUCUCAGCACAUGCUUGCCUCUCAGGGCAUCCCCAUGCCUCCGUUUGGAGGUCUGUUCCCGUACCCGUACACCUACAUGGCAGCUGCAGCAGCAGCAGCUUCCGCCUCAGCUCUCCCAGCCUCCAGCACCUCCAACCCGCUGUCCAGGAAUCCCUUCCUGAGCUCAUCCAGGCCCAGACUUCGCUUUAACCCCUACCAGCUGCCCGUGUCGCUGCCUCAGAGCUCCAGCCUGCUCUCUGCUGGCUUGCCUGGAAGCCUUAACCUGGGCUCUGAGUCCUCCAGACCUGGCAGCAGGGAAACCAGCCCGGCCCCAGAGCACCACACCAACCACAAAACAGGAUCGAGUGGAAGGGUGUCUUCCCCCAAAACCCCCUUGAAGGACUCGGUAAAUGAGCUGCAGAGCAUCCAAAGACUGGUGAGUGGCCGAGGCCAGAGGGAGUCUUCCCCUAAUGCAGACUUUCCCAAGUGAUCAGGACUCUGUCUGGGAUGAAGACAAACAUCGGAGAGCAAUCCUGUACAGCACAUCAUGAGGGUCCAUGAAGGCUGAUUACAAAAGACUUCUUGGAAAGAAUCUGUGGGUGGACAAGAAUAUAGUAUCUAUAAUUAUAUUUAUCAUUUUUGAACUCACAAGUCCAGAGAUGACUGGAUGAAAGUGUGGGAACACCUGAGGGACAGAACCACCAGAACCUGCAGGACCUGCAGACCCAAUGCCCGUCCCACCAGAGACUCUGGAAUACUUACUACACCAGGUUCACAGAGGGCAAAUUAGCUACAGAUCCAACAAAGAAGCUAAAACAAGGAGAGUGAAAUAUUAAAAAUAAUCCGACCACUUGAGUUCCAGGAUGAGAAACUGGGAGUAAAAGUGAUGAAGCUUCAGGAGCUUUAAGGUGGACCAUGGAGGGUCCGUGGAGGUCCUGUCUGAGCCUGCAGCUGCAGAGGGCAGCCGGCUGCUUAGUGGACACAUUUCAGCGUCCAACACACUUUGUUUUAUUAAUAAUAAUAAUAUUAAUAAUGAUAAUAAUGUAUAUUUUUAAGGAAGCCGAGCCUUGAACAGGAGCCUCUUCAGGCAGGUCUGAUCAUUUCAAAAGGGAUGGCGUGAACGUCCGUCUGCAAGUGGAAGGAGGAAAACAAAAGGACCGCUCAUCAUUUCAUGCAGGAAUAAGUCCUUCUGAACUAUUUAUGUAAUUAAGUUUUCUGUAAAUAAAGCAAAAAUCAAGAAUAUGCAAUUGGUGUUAAUUUAUUCCAGGAUGUAUAUUAGUGUGUAUAUAUUUUGAAUAGAAUUUUUUGUGCUCACCCCCUCCCCACCCUUCACACAUAUCCCCCCCCCCCCCCCCCCCCCCCCCCCCCCCUUUUACAUGGCCGUAAACUGUAAGCUGAAGCUCCUUAGUGCUUGUUGUUUCUGGAGCAUCGCUGCUUUGUAUUUUAGGAAACACGUGUGCCAUGUUUUAGUCAGCAUCCAUCACAGGACAGAGGAACAGGGUCGGGGUCCGACCGACCGGAUCAAAGGAUAAAGACACCUCAGGUUUAACUCUCAGCAGUUCCUCAGCCUGGCACAGCUUUUACAGCUACUCAGAAUUAUAUUUAAAGAUGGAAGUAUCUUCUUCAUGCUGGUUCUCCGGGUCAUUUUCUUUCUGUUUUUUAUUUUUAUUUGAUUUUUUUGAAAAAUUCCCUUUGGAUUGUCUCACAAUUUCAAUAAAAAUUGUUGUGUUCAUUAUUUGAA